UUUACGGUGCGAACUUUCGCCAUUCAUACUAUGCCUACUAGACUAGUGAGCUGAAAAGUACUACUGCUUCAAUGCGUUAGUGUAUAGUUGCUAUUUCAUAAUAACAGCUGCUAGCUGCUUUUACCACAUUCGACAGUUAAUUAAUAAAAUUGUAUAUGAUAGCAGUACUACGUCAGAAAUCACGUGUUAUCGGCGAAAGCAGGCUGCGAUUAUCGGAAAGGACUUUGAAGAAACAAAAUGUCCAACGAUGAUGACUUGGCCGGUCCGGCAGUCUGGAAUCCGGCGGACUUGAUCGACGGUUCCGAGGGAUGUGGCGACGAACUGGCUGUGGUGAUGUUAAAUCGGCCGAUUCUGCUGCCCAAAGAGUACUUGCGUAGCAUCUGGAAUAAUGCGAAGGUCCGAAUCACUGUUGAUGGUGGAACGAACCGGUGGGUAGAUUUCGUUAAAAGUCACAUCGGACCGGCCGACCAGCUUAGGCCUCCGGAUUUGGUGACCGGGGAUUUCGACUCGUGCACCGAUGAGUCCCUGUCGUACGUAACGCAGCUAAACUGUAAGAUUAUUAAAACGCCCGAUCAAAACGCAACAGAUUUUACCAAAUCCUUGAAGGCAUUGCAAACGACCGGCCAUGAUCGACAGAUAACACGUGUGCUGGUACUGUGUGAAAGUUCCGGUCGGUUGGACCAGAUCAUGGCAAACAUCAACACUUUGUACCUGGCACGGGCCAUACUGCCCAACGCAUUUGUUUUCCUGCGGUCCAGCAAUUCGCUCAGUUGGCUGCUGCCGAUCGGGAAUCACUGUAUCAACAUUCCUAAGCGGCUGGUUCAAGAGCACAUCUGGUGUGCGCUGAUUCCGAUAGGGCAGCGAGUCAUCUGUAGCACCACCGGGCUGCGUUGGAAUUUGGAAAAUCGAGUGAUGGAAUUUGGCAGCCUAGUGAGCACUUCGAAUACUUAUGCUUCCGAAGAGGUGUUCGUUCAAACCGAUGGCCCGGUAAUCUGGUCCAUGGGAACGACGCCAAAGGAUAUGUGAUAGUGGCUGCAAUGGUCACGCGUUUUUCUGCCUGAACGACGUGGAACCAAGUUCUAAUAGUAUUUUGCCUUUGUUAAUGUUAAGAUUUCGGUUCCUUAGGUGCUUGCAAAAAUUUCUCUGUUCUAUCUUUAUAGUCACUCUGUUUGGGUCAACCAUUGGGGACAAAAUUUGACUACACUUGCUUUUCUAUAGAAAUGUGAUAUGAAUAAACGACAGCACAUUGAUGCUUAAGCUUA